AUGGCCACCGAGGAAAUGACCCGGCCCCCGGGCUCCCCGCUCCUCGGAGCGCAGGCGAUCGUGCCCCUGGCGGCAGCGGGACAGAGCAAUGCCAGCCGGAGCGCCCGGCACAAGCGCGCCCUGGAGGGGGCGGAGGAGACCGUCUCUCAAGAUUGCCUGCAGCUGAUCGCAGACAGUGACAUGCCAACUAUCCGCAAAGGCUCUUACACAUUCGUUCCGUGGCUACUCAGCUUUAAAAGAGGCAGAGCCCUAGAAGAAAAGGAGAAUAAAAUAGUAGUGAGGGAAACCGGUUACUUCUUUAUUUAUGGUCAGGUUUUGUACACUGAUAACACUUUUGCCAUGGGACACCUAAUACAGAGGAAAAAAGUCCAUGUGUUUGGGGAUGAGUUGAGCCUGGUGACUUUGUUUCGCUGUAUUCAGAACAUGCCGGAAACACUACCCAAUAAUUCCUGUUAUUCAGCUGGCAUCGCAAAGCUGGAAGAGGGAGAUGAACUUCAACUUGCAAUACCCCGAGAAAAUGCACAAAUAUCACUGGAUGGGGAUGGAACCUUCUUUGGAGCUCUGAAACUGAUAUGAUCUGUUCGCUCUGUGUCUGUGGCUCCUUCCUCACUCUCUGUACCUCUGAGGGGAAUCGUUUGAAUGGCAAUACCAAAAGGGGAAAAAUGUAGUUACCAUGGCCUUCUCUGAGCUCUGUUUGUUUUGGUUUGCUAAAACUGAGCCAAAACAGGAAAUUUAACAGACAAACUCAGCCAAAGAGUGUCAUGUGAAUUACAAGAAACACUGCUCCUAUUCCGCAAGACAGAAUUAAGUUGACACUUCUCUGUGAAUCUGUGCAUAGUGCUGCAAUGCUAGCUGAUUUUUUUUUUGGGGAAGAAGAAAACAGUUCAAAGAACAAUCAGAAUGUCUUCAAAAGUAGAGAUCAAAAUGUGGAAACUUUGUACUAUAUGAGUGCGAUUAUCGCUACUUUUCAAUGAGAACUUCAUGAACAGAAAUUGUAACAAUCCUACAUUAAGAGGUUCUGAACACAUACCCAAGUAGAUGUAACAUUAGGAUUCAUCUUCUCAUUUCAUGACAGAUAAUGUCCCUCCUUUUCACUUAAUAGUAUGGAAAGAUAUCAAAAUUUUGCAUCA